AUGGUUAGCAAACUGAACACAAAACAGCUAGAAGCUUUCACACUCAUUAUUCUCUCUAUCAACAGCAACCUUGGCAGUUCAUUUUUCCUAUAUGGCCAUGGAGGAACAGGCAAGACUUUUCUCUACAACGCAAUCAUUGCAAAAUUAAAAAGUCUCUCCAAAAUUGCUAUAGUUGUUGCCUCAUCUGGAAUAGCAGCCACUCUACUACCAAACGGUACAACUGCUCAUUUAAGGUUCAAGAUUCCCCUUCAUAUAGACCAUACAUCUACAUGUUCCAUAAAGAAAGGUACUCAUUUAGCUGAGCUAAUACGUGCAGCUUCAUUGAUUAUUUGGGAUGAAGCACCGAUGACACAUCGAAAUGCAUUUGAGGCUAUAAGCAGGAAGUUUUGUGAUUUGAUGGACAUACCACUAUCUGGUCCAAAACACAAGCUGUUUGGAGGAAAAACAGUUGUCUUUGAUGGUGAUUUUAGACAGACUCUGCCAGUAAUUUCAGAUUCAGGAAGGGAACAAACAGUUGAUGGAUCCAUCACGAGGUCAUCGUUGUGGCCCUUUUUUCAGGUGCUCAAACUGUCAAGGAACAUGAGGCUUAAUGAUUCACAAGAUAAUAGAAACCUGGUCGGCUGUGGACUGAACUUUGGUGAGUGGAUUCUGGCGCUGGGAGAUGGAAGGCUGCCAACAAAAUCUUUUAUGCCAAACACACCUUCGGAUUGGAUUGAGAUACCACAAAUAAUUUUGAUAUAUGCUGGAAAAAAUCCAAUCGAGUCAAUCACAAAUGACAUAUAUGACGCAUUUGAGGAACAACACAUGAGCACAGAUUACCUAAGUGGAAGGGCCAUCGUUACUCCUACCAAUGCAGCUGUGACUGAAGUGAAUGACUUCGUGUUGCAAAAAAUUCCUGGGCAUUGCCGUUGCUACUACAGUUCAGACUCUAUGCAACUAGAUACAGAGGUACCUCAGCUAUUCGCUGAAACUUACCCAACAGAAUUUUUGAAUGCUCUUCAGUUCAAUGGUGUUCCAGAUCAUGAAAUAAGACUUAAGGUUUACACUCCAAUCAUGUUGCUGAGAAAUUUGAGCCCACCAAACGGGCUAUGCAACGGUACGAGGAUAUUGAUUACAAAAUUGGGGGAAAAUAUCAUUGUAGGAAACAUCAUGGGAGGAUCUUUUGACACAAAAGAGGUUGUUAUACCACGAAUAGUACUCAACGUAGAAGACAAACGCUGGCCCUUUAUACUGAAGAGGAGGCAUUUCCCAGUACGUUUAUGUUAUGGGAUGACAAUAAAUAAGAGCCAAGGCCAGACACUGGACAAGGUUGGAGUCUAUUUGCCUAAACCAGUAUUCAGUCAUGGACAGCUUUAUGUGGCAGCAUCAAGAGUAAGAUCUGCAGGUGGUCUAAGAUUCUUGAUUGAAAAUGAAGAGGACGUUCCAGCCAAUUACACAAGAAACAUUGUGUAUUCAGAGGCCUUCACAGAUAAUGCACCAGCUUAA